AUGAUACCAGUGUCAGAAACAAAUCAAAUCUGGAUUGAUGCCACUGUCUAACCACGUGGAGGCAAUGGCAAAUGCUGAAAUUUGGAGUUGAGCCGCUGUAAAACUGUUUUUUUUGCGCAAGGGUAAUAUCAAUAUUUUUGUUCCUCUUAUCGUUGCCACCUUGGUCAAUGUUGAGGAGCCUGACCGCGCCCUGACCCAGCGGAAGCUCAGCCGUUUGUGUGAAGCUGCAACCUUGGCCCUCUGGAAACAAGCCGCUCCCCCUGAUGACAUUUGUCGACUUCAUUCCUACUCUGCCCCUUUGGCGGGCCACCUCUUUGAGACAGUUCCUUCUCGAGCACUUGACUUACACCUCUCACCAGCCGAGUUCACCACGUGUGUGGCCUCCCGCUUGGGUGUCGAUGCUUGCGAUGGUACUCUGCCUUGUGGGAUGUGUGGUCUUCCUAUGGAUCGCUUGGGCCGCCAUGCGCUCUCCUGCAUGGCUGGUGGUGAUGCCAUCUUGGUACACAACACUGUGAGACAUGUUGUACAGGACUAUUGUGAACGAGCUGGUAUGCGGCCUACAGCUGAGGCUCCUGGGGUCCUUCAGGAUCUUGCCAUUCCUGAAGGCCGUCGCCGGCCUGCUGACCUCCUGGUGUGCCAUGGGGCCGGCCUUGCCGACCGGCUGCCUGAUGGAAGCCAACCACACCAUUUGCCGCAGACAGCCUUGGGCAUUGCCGUGAUCAACGCCACUGGGCCGUCCCACUGGCCAAAGACCUUUGAAUCGCCUGGGGCCGCUUCGAGUGCUUACGCCACCUGCAACGUGCUCACCAACAGACGGCAGCCAAGUGUGCUGCGGCAGGAGUGCGACUCCGAGCUGGUGUUCGCCGACAUGGUUCGCAAGAUUGCCAUUGUUCUCUGCCGGGCUGCGGCCCGCUCCCUGCAGCGCCGGCGGCGGACCUGGUUCCGGUCUCCUGGCACACCGGCCUCGGCUGCUGCCGUGGCCGCUGGUGUCACCGAGAAGACGGAGUUGAUCAUUCUCCUGGAACAGCUGCAGCCGCCCUCUGAGGGUGUUCCGCCUUUUGAGCUUUGA